GUAUGAAUGAUCCCUUAUAUAAGUGUGCCCUCGAUUCGACGGGAACGAAUCAAGGUUACGGUGUUAGUGGGUCACUGUAUUGUGUGUUUUUUUUUCGUGCAGAGACACUUCUUUGCACAUUCCCCAAGUCCCUUCCUUACCGCCCAUAUGUCUAUCAAAGCGACUAGUCAAAGUACCACAGAAAGUGCUUGUCUCUAUCAUGGUCGGAAGGCGAAGGAGAGGCUACAAGUUCUGGUCGUCGGGUGUGGUUUGGGAGGUUUAGCUACCGCCUACUGUCUUGGACAGGCCGGUCAUGAUGUGACCGUCUUCGAAAGUUCUGCAUCUCUGGGAGAGAUCGGUGCUGGGAUUCAGGUGUGCCCCAAUUUGUCGCGUCUUCUCAUCCGAUGGGGGCUAGACCGGAUUCUACAAGAAAAAUCGGAACUAGACAAGCCCAGUACAUUUUCCUAUGUCCGCUACAACACUGGACAACAAGUCGGAAUGGCGAUGUUAGGUGAGAAGAUGACGCGCGAUCAUGGUGCACCGUGGUAUGUCAUUCAUCGAAAUGAUCUGUACGAAAUGCUUCUGUCGAUCGCAAAGCCAUUCAUGAACUUAAAACUACGUGCGAAAGUCAAGCACGUUGAUCCUACAAUUCCGUCUGUCACAUUGGAAUCGGGCGAAACGUUCUCAGGCGACCUUAUAAUAGGGGCUGAUGGAAUCCACUCCGUUAUUCGCGAGACUGUGGUCGGCGACAAGGACAUCCCAUUAGCUAUUCCACUUGGGGAUGUUGCAUUCAGAACUCUUAUACCCACCCAGCCUAUGCUACGCGAUCCUGAGCUCCGUGAUCUGGUCGAAAAUCCUCGUCUAACAUGUUGGAUGGGCCCAUCGAGACAUGCAAUAGGUUAUUGCGUUCGUGGAAGGACCGAGUAUAAUAUGGUGAUGGUCAAACCCGAUGACGGUUCCACAUACUCCUGGACGGCUAAGGGAGAUGUGAAAGAGGUAGAAGAAGGUUUUCAAGGUUGGGAACCUCGUUUCCAGAAACUCGUGUCCUUAAUGCCCUCUGUGCUGAAGAGCAAACUGCUUAUAUGUUUGCCGCUUAAAACAUGGAUACAUGGUGCCGGACGCGUUGCAUUACUGGGAGAUGCCUGUCAUCCUAUGUUGCCGUAUCGAGCGCAAGGGGCUGCUAUGGCAAUCGAAGAUGCAGCUGUCCUCGGAAAUCUAUUUUCGCGAAUUAGCCACAAGUCGCAGAUACCUACCCUUCUCAAAGCUUAUCAGACAAUUCGUUUCGACCGUGCUACAUCCAUGCAAACAGGGUCAAUGGAAAAUCGGACUCUGUAUCAUAUGCUAGACGGACAAGAACAAGAGACUCGGGAUGUGAAUUUUCGUGCAGCUUUAGAGCAAGCGGUCCAAGAAGUUCAAACCGGCCAUAAUACGUCGUCUACAAGUUCUGCCAAUCCGUGGGCAGACAAAGCUAAAAUGGCGGCAAAUUUCAGUUAUGAUGUCGAUGAAGUUGUCGAGCGCUGGUGGGAGUCGCACGGAACAGAAGUGAGAUCCAGACUGUGAGGAAUAGCCUGCCGCUGUGAUACAUCUGCGUACUACUUUGUAUCUUUCGUGUCCAUCGAUUCGGAUUUUAUCCUGAAUUUGCCUACUUCUGCUUGUCCAGGUCCAACGCGUAGUGUUUCCAGUCUUCUAGUUAGCCGGAGGAGUGCAUCCGCUACCAACCAACAGAAAGAGGUCCUAACAACUAUGCAGAUUCUGCGAC